AUGUCUGGAGUUUACAAACCUGAAGAAGAAUCUUCAUCAUCACUGAGGGACAAUACAAAUAAGGAGAGUAAUAUAAAUAAUGAUACCAUUAAUGGAGAUGAACCGAGAAUUUAUUUGGGUCAAAAUUAUGAUGAAGAAAAAAGUAUAGGAACUGAUGAAUUGGAUCCAAAACAAUUAACUCCGAAUAAUAUUAGACAAAACACAAAUGCAACUGGGAUAACAAGAUAUAAUACUGCUAAUGAUGAAACAUCCGUAAUUGAAUCAAGUAUUAAUUUAUCAAGAAGACUUUCAAGAACUACUACAAAUUAUGAUGAACUAAUGAAAAAAGCAAGUAAUUUAUCAUCACCUUUACCACCAAUGGGUAAUGGUAGACCAUAUCCAAAGCAUCCAGGAAGUAGAGAUCCAUAUGUUGUUCAAUUCGAUGGUGUUGAUGAUGAAUAUCAUCCUUUUAAUUGGCCAUUACGUUCAAAAAUUUUGUAUACUGCAGUUGUUGGAUUUAAUGCUUUUUGUGUUUCACUUGGUUCUGCCAUGUUUUCUGCUGCUGCUCCAGUUUUAAUGGAAAAAUAUCAUAUUGGCUGGUCUGUAGCUGCUUUGACCACCACUUUAUAUGUUUUGGGGUUUGCUGCAGGUCCUAUUAUUUAUGGUCCAUUAUCAGAAUUAUUUGGAAGAAAAAUAAUUAUGAUUCCAAGUAUUCUUGGUUUUACUUUGUUUUCGUUUGCAGUUGCUACAGCUAAAGAUAUACAAACUAUUAUGAUCUGUAGGUUCAUGCAAGGAUUUAUGGGACUGGCGCCUCUUGUAGUUGCACCAGCUGUAAUGGCCGACAUGUUUGAUAACAGAUCUCGUGCUUCAUGUAUUGUUUUAUUUGCAACAUGUUUAUUCGGUGCUCCAAUGCUUGCUCCCAUUUUAGGAGCUUUUACAGUCAAAAACAGCAGCCUAGGAUGGCGAUGGACAUCAUAUUUUUUGGGAAUUGUUGGUUCAGUAUCAUGUUUGUUUACUUGUUUCUUAUUAGAAGAGACUCAUCAUCCAAUUCUUUUGAAAAAAAGAGCAGAAGAAUUAAGAAGAAGAACAGGGAAUUGGGGGAUCUAUGCUCCACAUGAGGAAAUCAAUUUAAGUAUUCUGGAAAUUGUUGAAAAAAAUGUCACUAGACCAUUAGUCAUGUUAUUUAGAGAACCCAUCUUAUUCUUAAUAAGUGUAUACAACUCAUUUAUUUAUGGUAUGCUUUAUUUAUUCUUGACUGCUGUUCCGUUAAUCUUCAAAUCAAAAUAUCAUUGGAGAGAUGGUGUUGCUGAGUUGCCAUAUAUUUCCAUGUUAAUGGGUUGUCUUAUUGGUGGUGCUAUACUUAUUCUUUUUGAAAAAAGAAACAACAGAAAAAUGGAUCGAAAUGGUGGAAAACUGGUCCCAGAAGAUAAACUUUACGGAAUGAUGUUGGGAUCCGUUGUUUUUGUUAUCGGGUUAUUUUGGAUGGGAUGGACAGGAAAUUAUCAUACUCAUUGGCUUCUGCCCACAUUUGCUGCUCUGUUUGUGGGCGCGGGCUUGAUGUUAAUUUUUCUUCCUUGUUUCAAUUAUAUUAUCGAUUGUUAUUUAUUGUACGCUGCAUCUGCUUUAGCUGGUAAUACAUUCAUGCGUUCUGGAUUUGGUGCUAUAUUUCCAUUGUUCUCACUUCAAAUGUUUCAAAACUUAGGAAUUCAAUGGGCUACUACUUUAUUAGGAUGUUUAUCCGCUCUUAUGAUUCCAGUCCCAUUUUUGUUUUUCUUUUAUGGUAAAAAGAUUAGAGCUAAAUCUAAAUUUGCUUUUGAUUUGUCUUAG